UUACUAAUAAUAUUAUAACAACAACAACAAUAAUAAUUAAAAUUCCUCUUUCUCUUGGCCUUUACAUGCACUGUUCUCUCUUCAUCUUCAUGUUUCCCUUUGGUUUUGUGAGAUCGGUAGUAUUCCACUCGAUGAGAUAGAAGGCGAGAGAAGUUAGAGCUGGGGAGAACCCUAGCGAUCGGAAUCCGGCGGUGUCAAGCGCUUGACUUUGGAGAUUCUUGGGAGAAGUUCGUCUCGGUAUGGAGCGCAGCGAACAAGGAGGGGCCCCUUCUCCUACGGUGGCUGUGGCGGCAGCGGUGGUGGGGGAGGAGAAGCCCGCCAGCGAGAUCAGUGGGAUGGCCGCGGAGCCGGUGAAGAAGAAGACGGGGAGACCGAGGAAGUACGGGCCGGACGGGAGCCUGCUUCGGCCGCUGAACCCGAUGCCGAUCUCGGCGUCAGUGCCGGCAGGCGUCAAGUACACGUCGGCGGCCGCGGUGGGGGCGACGUUGAAGCGGGGUAGAGGGCGGCCAGUGGGUUCGAUGGCCAAGACGCCACAGUUGGGAUUCGAUUUGGAGCAUUUAGGAGAGAUGGGAGCCUGCUCUGCCGGCGCAAAUUUCACACCUCAUGUCAUCACCGUUGCUUCUGGCGAGGAUGUUACCAUGAAGAUCAUAUCAUUUUCACAGCAAGGGCCUCGAGCAAUUUGUAUUUUAUCUGCUAAUGGUAUUAUCUCAAAUGUUGCACUUCGUCAACCAUAUUCAAGUGGUGGUACAUUAACUUAUGAGGGCUGUUUCGAACUGCUCUCCUUAUCUGGAUCUUUCAUGCCAACCGAAAAUGGAGGAACGAGAAGCCGAUCGGGUGGUCUAAGUGUUUCUUUGGCAAGUCCAGAUGGUCGAGUCGUCGGCGGAGGAGUUGCUGGUUUGCUGGUGGCUGCAAGUCCAGUGCAGGUUGUAGUGGGAAGUUUCUUGCCAAGUUACCAGAUGGAGCAGAAAAUUAAGAAGCCCAGACUGGAAGCUGGAUCAGCAUCGACACCACCGUCCGCCGCUCCCAGUUCCAGCGCAGACGCGGAGGAAGCUUUCGGAAGUGGCCUAGGGCAGCAUGAUCGGGCGGCAACCGGGAAACUGGAUCCUUCAACUACAUCCCCUCUCGGGGAGGAAAGCUGGGCUGCUUCCUUACGGUCAGUGCCAGCAGACAUAAACAUGAGUUUGCCUGGAGGAUGAAGUCGCACCAAGUUCUCAUUUGUAUCACUGCUAAUCAUGCAUUUGCUUUCAUCAAAAAUAGACUUUAAAUGGUUUGAUAUUAGGUUUCAUAACUCGAGUUGGAUUGAUGUUCGACGUUGUAACACGGGGUUUUAAACCGAUGACAAUUAAUUCCAGUCGUUCUCGCUACUUUGCCUGUAAAUUUUUUUGUAGCAUGCGACGAUCCUGAUCAUUCUUCGAUUGUUAUUGCUGAUAAGGAACGUGAUGUGUUUGUUCUUGCAAGUGUGCCGACCAUGACCCAGUUGAUUCUUCCAAGUGGAAGCUCCAAGCCCAGCUCUGCUGCGACGAAUUAGUUCUAGCACCUAUCUGCAGGAUGUGAGAGUGAGAGAGAGAGGGGGAGGAGGAGGAGUUGCGAAGCAACCGGAGGCAGGCGUCGACAGGUGCGCGGAGGGAAGGUGAACGCCACACCCCCUUCUUCGUUCUCCUCGUCUGCAAGAAAAGUUAAGUGGACCUUCUCGAGGUCACCCGUCGACCUUCCCGCCUUCUUUCCCUCCUCUCUUGUCGUCUCCGUCGUCGUGUCCUGUCUCACCGCAGUCGCUACCGCCCUCUUGGCAAUUGCACGGAACUCUGAGGGGGUAUAUGUGAAAUAUAGAAUAAGUCAUGGAUGCACGUGUAAAAUUAUCCUCCUCGUCCAAUAUAACUUCGACCCCCAGCCUAUCCUCCCGAGUGUUAUUAUUGUUCUGCUACGCCGUUGGCGGCGGCCAAGAGAAGCAAGGUAACGACAGCAGUUCUUCUUCUUGCUUCGUGGAUCGUCUAUCCUUUGGAAGUUCCAUCUCCGCUCCGAGGUGUUAGGUCUUGCCUUGUGCGUGCUAGAUUUGGGUCUUUUUUUGUUCAUGGCGGCGGCGUACGGAGCAAUGAAACCGACCAAGUUGGGGCUUGAAGAGCCCCAGGAGCAGCUCCACCGUAUCCGGAUCACCCUAUCCUCCAAGAACGUCAAGAAUCUCGAGAAGGUUUGUGCGGAUCUGGUGAGGGGAGCGAAGGACAAGCGGCUGACCGUGAAGGGGCCCGUGAGAAUGCCCACCAAGGUCCUCCACAUCACCACCAGGAAAUCUCCUUGUGGCGAAGGUAUUAAAAUCUUCCCUGUUCUUAUCAUGUCCUUGUCUUUGCUCAUCAUGCCAAUCUUUGAAGUUUUGCGUCCCUCGCACUAGUUUGAUAGCCUCAAGAAUUGAUGCCCAUGAUAAACUAAAUGUUACCAUUUAAAAGCUUCAAUUGCAUUGGAUGUUGAUGCUGUUGGUGUAUGUUAGGGUUCUUUGGUAUAGGAAACUUUGGUGGGGUUAAAGAUACAACUGUGUUGUUUGAUUGUCUUGCAGUGAUAGUCAAAACGUCCAUAUGGUCUCAUUUUGGAUGUAAGUCGUGAUAUUUAUGGUUGGGGAUUUGAAUAAACGACAAUUGAAUCACCACACCAAGAGAUAAAUGUUACAUUCUGGUAAUGCUAAAAAUAAUAUGCUAGUUCACAAUAUAUCUGCCAGUUCGUUGCUCUCUGGUAUAAUAACUGCUGCAUUGUCAUACAAGUCCCAUUUUUCAUAGUAGUUUAGUAAAUGUUCAUGUCCUUUCAUAGCAUCCCCUUGAAUAUUGUAUUUCUUUCCAGCAAAUUACUUAUCGAGCACAGAUGAUAGUUCUGAUCAAUGAUGCUGUAUAUGAUAAGUGAAACCAAAGUUAUAGCUACCUACAAUACGAAGCUUAGUGGUUUCUUCAGUUGACUUGGCAUACAUUCAUAUUAAGAAACCGAAGAAUGAGCUUCUGCCCCUGAAGUACUGGACAUUGAGCUUUUUAAAGCUGAUUCUUAGUCAAAUGGCAGCGUUUGGUGAAGUCCAUGUAUACAUGUGUAUGUAUAUAUAUGUCCAUGUAUACGCAUGUAUGUAGAUAUACACGUACAAAUUCGCAUUUAUAUCUAUUCUACAAGCAACUGCCAACUAUACAUGCUUUGUUUUCUUAAAGAAAAUCAUGAGCUCCAUAAACUGUAGUCGACAAGCUACAAAAGCAUUGGACAGUGUAUCCGACUAGGCAAUUUGGAAGAUAAAAAAAUGAUUCACUCUGUCUUUAAGUCACUUUAUACAUGUUUAAGGGGUUAUGGUUUAUUGUUUAGAUUUUGGCAAGAAAAUGUAUAGCUAAGUGUUUCUGUAAAGAUUGGUUACAAAAGCUUUUGUCAGCACUUGCUGCAGUCGGUUGUGUGAACCAAAAUCCUAUUAAUAAUUAGGAACACAUUCCCGGUGUAGUAAAAGCUCGAUCAUCAUUUCAAAUAUUGGAAAUUUGCAGAGUUUCAGACUUAACAAAAGGAGAGUAUUUUGUGUUUGUUAAACACCAUUUUUGAAUGCCUUUGCAAGUGUUUCUUGCAUUCAUUGCUUGUAUCAAAAUGUAAAGUGAUGGUUCUGGGAAUUAAUUGGCUUUAAAUGCAUAGUUGUAUGUGGUUGCUGGCAGAUGAUUUCUACAGUGCAAAUGAUGAGAAGAUAAUUUAGUUGACGCUGAGAUAUUCUCUAUGAAGUUUCAGCACAUCGAGUUUUUUAAUACUGAUGCACAGUCUAUUUGCCUAUGGUCUUACCAUUAAGUUCUUCAAUACUAAUGACAAGUUAGGAUUUUGUCAUUUCUUUCAACUUCAUUUGGUCUUGGCGUGGAGUACUUCUUUGAAAGAAAGACUCCUUGGAGAAGUUGAGCAGAAUUUAUUACCCUCAUGAUAUGUAGACUGUGAUAAGCAUACUCUAUGUACUUCAUGUUUACAAAUGAAAACGGGUUGUAGACUUGAUUUACGUCCCCAGGUCUGGUGCUACUUUAGUUCGUUUAAUCAUUAUUAUUUUUUUUUCAAAAUAAGCUUCUGAUCACAUGAUCAAACAGCAGAGCUUUGUAUUCCUUCUGAUAACAUGAUUUGUGUUUAACCGCUUUUAGUUGUUUUGGAGUCUUCAAUUUCCCGCUUCACCGUAAGGAUGGCCUGCUGGUGUGCUUGCUCUUCAGGCUCCUUUACGAUUGUAGAGUUUUUGUGUUGUAGGCAUGCAUAUAGAGAGGUCAAGUUAGAGGUGGUCAACCACGUUCAUGACAAAUCGAACCAAGAAAUGCUUUUCAUUCUAUUUAUGAUGUGGUCAGCUAUUUUUGUGAAACUUGAUGAUCACCUCUUUUUUGUUUUCUUUGUUGUUUGCGGGAACCAACACAUGGGAUCGAUUUGAGCUCCGUGUACACAAGAGGGUGAUCUAUCUUGUCAGCUCUUCCGAGGUUGUGAAGCAGAUUACCUCGAUCACCAUCGAACCUGGGGUGGAGGUCGAAGUGACAAUUGCAGAAUCGUAAGCUUGUCUUCGUUGAGUAAUCCAAUAGUUUAUUUUUGUGACAUUAUAUUCCAAGGGAGAUAUAAAAUCCAACUGUCGUAAUAAAAUUUUGAUCUGUUGCCGCA